CCUCUGCCCCUUCUUGCGGAGCCGUGGACGCGGCAGGCCCAGUACAGAAAGUGGGGAGAGACCGGGCCAAGGCCAAUGCCGCAAGAGCAGGAGUUCAACGGUCCUGGGGACAUGGUGCCAGUGGUUGGAACAUCUCGGGGCCGAGAUGAAUACUACCGGGAAGAAAAUCGUAGUGCGCGGGAGAGGAAGGAAAGCAACGCCCACGACCUUGCUCAAAAGGCGCAAGAGGUUGGUAAGAAGAAACUCGCGGAGUUCCGCACGGCGGGCAAAUCAAU